AUGAGCUAUUUUGGUAAUAAUAAUAACCCGUUGGCAUUUCCAUCAUAUAACCAAUCACCCUUCCCCCAAAGAAGCUUAUCAGGGAUGAGCAAUCUUCAGCAACAACAGUUGUCUCACCUCCAGAACCCCCAGGGUCAUCAGGGAGAUACAGCAUCAGCAGCGGCGGUAGUGGUGGCCCAGCAGCAGCAUCAACAACAACAACAGCAGCAGCAUCAUCCACACCAUCAGCGUCCGCAACAUUCACUUCACCAUUUACACAAACUGCAAAGCGGUCUGGGGUCCGUCCCCCCACAACAUGGACAAUCAGCAGUGGAUGAAAAACAGGGCCAGGCGGUUAUCAGAAAGGAACGUAAGAACAGACCGGGGCAAAAAUUUGGUGCAAAGAAGAAAUCGUGGGUUUGGUCGUGGUUUAUUCAGGACUCACAAGACCCUAAUAUAGCAGCCUGUGACUACUGUGGAAAGAUUAUUACUAGAUUGGCGUCAGAUAAAGGAUCACCAAAGAAGCUCAGUGAGCACUUGAAGACACAUAAGUUGACGAAAGAUUCGAUCAAUAACUCAAGACCAAUUCCUAUUGACGGGAACGGUAUAACGUACGCACCCAACGGAAUGCCCUUGAACUAUCCUUCAAAUUUCCAACAAGCACAACAAGUACAUCAGACACAAGCAUCUAACAACCCACAUGUUCCCAAUGUGAAUCCACAGCUUUCGGACGAUGCUGACGAAAUGGAUCCCAAGAAGAAAGCCAGGUAUAAUAAGUAUAAGCCUCGCAAUACCAUGAACAACAUUGACUCGUCGUUGUCUUCUUUCGGUUUGAAUUCCAACCGGAGAUUUUUGUCGGCGGAUUUCGAUAAUUCGCCUUAUUCAUCGAUGAAGUUCCACAAGCACUUAAUGAAAUUCUUGACUGAGAACAAAUUAUCUAUAAAUGUAAUAAAAUCGCAUUCUUUCCAACAACUUAUUUAUGAUUUAAGAUCAGAUUCAGUAACUGAAUUAUUGGAAUUAACUGGUUUGUACUCGUCCUUAUUAGAAGUAAGCCGGUUUGACGCAAACGGUACUGGGCCGGCUAACACAGAAAAUAAUGACGCGGACCCUUCCAUACCGUCUGUCAAUGAGGCUAAUGUGGUCAAUUCAUUAGCCCAGGCAGUGGAACAAAAGGCAAAUAAUGCAAACGCAAUGGCGGUUGUCAAUGCGGCUACGAAUCAAGGCUGA